AAAAGUUGUCGAUGAUGAAUUUGGAAAUUCGGAUUUACGUCAAAUUUUGUAUGGGGAAUGAACGACGACUUCAAGACAUUCAGUUGCACUAAACGCAUAGCGUGGCUGCAAAUCAACUUCACUGCCGCAUUCGAGUCAACUAUUGAUAGCUUUUGCAGGAGAGGAAUACCCACCGAACUGGUCAACAACCUCGACGCGCGAACGACGAUCUAUUUGAUUUGCUCACGAAGCUAACAAUUCUCCCCUUAGUCGAAAUAGGAACGUCUAAGUCAACGACAGACAUGUACUUUGCUUGCGAAGGUAUCCUAGGCUGAAGCGGGCAUCGUCCCUUGUUGUCUGUUAUCCAUUGUAAUAAUGGAGCAUGAAGUUUUUACCGGGAGCUCGAAGUCCGGAGAAGCAUCAUCGAACAACAAGAAGGACGCCGUGGCUGUACCAGGGGGCUCGAAGGAUCAGUUACAGGGCAAACGAAAACGAGUUUCGCAGGCUUGCGAUAAGUGCCGGAGUCGCAAAGACAAAUGCGACGGGAAACGGCCAUCGUGCUCAACUUGUUUGACCCACGGCCGGACUUGCUCAUACGACGCGAAUGUGAAGAAACGCGGAUUACCGGAAGGUGCGUAUUUUUGGUUCUCUUUUGGACACUGGUCUUGCAUGAAUGUUCGAUUCUGUCUGAGUGUCAAACUAUUUGCAUGUUCGAAUGCGUAUCAAUGUCCGGAUGUGUUCGAAUGUCUGAAUUGGUCUGAAUAGUUGAAUGUAUUUGAAUCAUUGGAGUAUCGGAGUGUUGACUAUGUUUCGCUGUUUCAGCCUCUGUGUCCCUUUGAUAACCAAUUACUGAUUAUGGUCUGCAGGAUAUGUCCGUGGGAUAGAGAAAUUAUGGGGCCUAACAAUAAGGGAAGUUGAAGGGGUUGAGGAAGAAAUCCUCUCGGUAUUUAAUGUGAGCAUAAUCAGUCCUUUUAUUCUAGGCUCGAGAUAUCCAUUCUGUAUUAUACGCUCUGGAUGUGAGCGAAUCGAAAUCUUUCGGGAAUUAUAGUAACAGAAGUGUCCCUUUCCCUCGGGACUUUGUAACGCCAUGGGAUAUUCGCCACUUACUGACUUCCCAAUGUUUAAGGGGGACGAGACAAACGAGGCACUUAUUAGUAUUUGGAGAAAUGAGGAUGGCCAAUCGGACAGUCUGGCCGAAGUAUGGCGGAAAUCUCAAUUGUCGAGAGAGCUUGAGAGAUUGCUACCAAUAUUAGAACCAGGACCUGGUAGUGCUGAUAUCACUAAGAGAAAACGGCUCGAUUCAGAUGUCCAAAUAGGGAAGCGACCUGUGCUAGCAGUUGGCCAGUCAGAUUCUCCCAUAUCUGUUCCGGACAAUGAAUCUCAAACAAGGACAUCGAUAAGUGGCUGGCCUGAUCAGAAAUCCGAUUUCCAGAUACAAGAGGAAGCACUGUCGCCGAUGGCCGCCGGGAGCUCUAUGGAAAACUUCUCUAACGCACAUUAUGGCUCAAUACUCAGUCCUGCUUAUCCAACAAUCUCAAGUGGUAUCAAGACGAACCUGCCAGAGCUUCCAUCGGAGACCUGGCAUCUACUUGAUGUAUAUUUUUCUUAUACGCAUUGCUGGCUACCCGUUAUAGAAAAGCACGAUUUGUUAAGAAUCUCAUAUCAAUAUUCUCAAAUUAGGACCAGUGGAGCGAAGGCUAUCAGUGGCGAUCACGCACUUUUAUGGGCUGCAAUAGCUUAUGCCAAGUUUCAACAUAGAGCGAUAAACAAUAUACCUCACGCUCAAGGCUUGGUAUCGCAAGAUGUAUGGACGGCCGAAAGAAUGUAUACGCACGCAAGAGCUCUUAUUCCGAAUGAAGAAGGAAGUUUUGAUCUUGGCCAUGUGCAGGCUCUAUUAAUCUUAACCCUCACGAAUCUUGGGCUUGGGCAUUUUAGCAGGGCAUGGAUCCUUAUUGGACAAGCUGUCAGGAUUGCAAUUGAUCUUGGUCUUGAGAAACCAUUGUCUGAGGACCCAAAACCCUCAAAGCAUAGUUCGAGAUCUAAGCAUGUAUUUCUUGGAUGUUUUGCGCUAGAUACAUUGGUUGCAGCACGCUUGCGAAGACGACCGCAUUUGAGAUCAGACGACAUGGACCAUAUUGGUAUGUUGGUUGAAGAUGGCCUCGAGGAAUGGGAUCCCUGGACGGACUGUCUCACUGUCCGAAGAAAUACCGUUGGAAAUUCUAGAGUUCCCGCAUCUAUUCUGAGUACCUUCAACCGCUUAGUCCAAGUUCUCCAAAUACUAAAUGAUGCAAGUUGUGUAUCUGAUAGUUCAAAAACUGUCAAAUUCAGCACCGGUUUGUUGGAAAGGUUACAUGUCUGGAGUCAGUCCCAACCUCAGUCUUUGUAUUCUGAUUCUACCGCAAUGAAUAACGAGCAAACUUCCGCGUUGCUGCCGCAUCAUUAUCAUCUCCAUGUUGCAUAUUUUACGACGCUUGCUGAAUGCCAACUUCUUUCCCAUGGUCAACCAAAGGGAAGCCUUGAUUUAGAACCUUGUACGAGAUCGGCACGUCAAAUUGUCCACCUUUUAAAGCGGCAUUCACAUACAUUUGGACUUAUUAUUGUCCCGCCCACAUUUGAAUAUUACACUAAGAAAGCAUAUGACGUUGUCCAUGCAGUCCGACGAAGUAUAGAAAACACGCAUAUUGGUGAGCUGAAGAUUUUUUCUUAACCUUCCCGAUUUUCAUUUUUCAUUAAAAUGUACAAGUGUUCCCUGAUGUAUAAACGUCUUUGAUUGUUCCGAUUUAUAUUAUCGCAUGACUGACUCAUUGACAUCUAGUUCUUGACGAUUGGAAAUAUAACUUAGAUAUGUGCGUUUCUGCAAUGGAACCAGCUUGGCCAAUAUUUGAAUCUUUUAAAGAUGUUUCUGAAAAUGUCCUCUUAAAACAUCGACGUGAAAGCCAAGCCGCGUUUGAUCUCAUGGUUCCAGCCGCCGCGGAAACAACUCAAUCAAUCAAGAAGCCAAAUAGCACAGCCAGCUACGAAAUAAGCCAGCCUUACAGUCCUCAAGUCUUCCGAUCCCACUCAAUGAAUAGUAUGGGCGUAGCACGGCCUAACAGAAGUAAUAUGCAGUAUGCGAAAAAUCUCAUGCCUCCAACAUCACAUGUAAGUUUCAUUGAUUUCUUGAAAUCGUACUCUCAAUAUCCAAUUCCAUGUUUUACUUGUGCAUCUUUUCCGGCUUUUUGAUUCUGCUAGCUAGGGCUGCAUUGCAACAGCGGAUUCGUCAGGGUAGUCAGAAUUGCUCGAACAUUGAAGUCUUGAGGACUGAACCGCAACCAAGACCAUUGGAAACCUUGAUCCUCUACUUCCACACAGCCCUUUAUUCCUCAUAUUCCUCAAGUCUUCCCCACUACGCACUCACUGACUCUUCGAUAAUGCAGUCCAACCACUCUUUCACUGGCUCUGUGGCAGAGAAUUUUCCUAGAAUUCCAGAGAGUCCUCAUGGGAACACCACGAAUCUGAACGCCUGGAGUGCUCACCAACAAAACAAGAACCAAAACCGGACCAUCAAUCAAAUGCCCUUUGGAUUGCUACAGCAAUCACCAAACUUUCACCGAGCAACGGCACAAAAUAGCUUGGAUACUGAUGGUGAUGCGAUAUUUAACGAUUUUGCUGUCAUGGAUGCAAUGGAAUGGUAUGUUACUCACCAUCCGUAAUCGUGCCUAGUAAAUUAAGUUCCAUACUGACAAACAGCUAGGACGAAUAGUAUGGAUCAGAGUCUAGUGAAUCUCGGAUUUGAGGAUCCAGAUAACCGAAACCAGGACUUUUAUACCUUUUGUCGGGAACCUGACCCGCUCUAUUCAAACAACAGUACAUUGCAGCAAUUAUUAGCGAGCUCUGCGGCAAAUCAGUCAGGAAUCAGUGCUCAAGUGUUUGGAAACACAGGAAUGAGUAUGCCCGAUGAUGCGGGGUUUGGAAGAGGCAUAGAUUUUGCACAUGGGGAUGAAGGAAUUGAGGCUGGACAGAUACUCCAAGCAUUAAGUGCUGCCGAGGAGCAAAGAGGGAAUUCUGGUGGGAACGGUUGAUGCGUCUUCGAUCUGGAAAAGAAAGCUUUGGAGGGAUUGUAUGAUUGUGUACAAAUAAAUGCAUAUGUGCAAUAGUAAUAGUGGAAGAAUUCCUCGUGGUAUAUCCAAUACAUACAUAUAAAAGAUCGUAUAACCGCAAA